AUGGCUGGCCUCGGUGAAGGUAGUCAAAAAAAGCGAAAGCUCACAGACGUUCCUGAAAUUGAAAUCGAUGUGUCCGCGCCAGAACCUCCGUCGAAAAAGGCUCUGCGCAAAGCCAAAAAGAAGGUUGCCGAGCCUACGGCAGAGUCCACAACGGAGCAAGAGGCCGCUGUGCCCAGCAAAAAGCAAGAAGACGAGGCCCCCAAAAAACGUUCAGAGCACGGCAUCUGGAUUGGAAACCUUGCCUUUUCGGUGACCAAAGAUGAUCUGCGCAAGUUCUUCACAAGCAAUUGCACAUUUGCGGAUACCACAAUCACCCGUAUACAUCUUCCUAAGGGCCAGGAAAAAUUUGGAAAGGCUCAGAACAAGGGCUUCGCUUACAUCGACCUUGCCAACGAGAAGGCUGUGAAGGAGGCGGUAGGAUUGAGCGAGCAGCUGCUAGCUGGGCGCCGUGUGUUGAUCAAGGACGCGAAGAGUUUUGACGGCAGACCAAAAAAGUCAGAACAGGAUUCCGCGGCAACAGCUACGAAACCUCCUUCGAAACGGAUAUUCGUUGGCAAUCUCGGCUUUGAUGCUACAAAAGAGGUCAUCGAGGAACAUUUUGGACAAUGCGGUACCGUCGCACAUGUACAUGUUGCAACGUUUCAGGAUAGUGGAAAAUGCAAGGGCUAUGCUUGGGUGGAGUUCGAGGAUCUUGCUGCCGCCGAAGCAGCGGUGAAGGGCUUUAUUAUGGUUGAUGAAGAUGACGAAGGUGAUGAGGGCUCCGGAGAAGAAGAGUCCGGAAAGCGCAGGAAGUCAAAAAAACACAGACAGAGGAGGGUUUGGGUGAACCAGCUUCUUGGUCGACGAAUGCGCAUGGAGUUCGCAGAGGAUGCGACGACACGGUACAAGAAGCGGUUCGGUAAGGAUGGCGAAGGCAAGAAGAAGGAUGAUUCGGUCAUUACUGAAGUGGAAGAUGAGCCUCUUGAGCAGGCGUCGACUGGAGACAGGCCGCAACGGUCACAUCCUGAAAAGCCCAAGCGAAACAACAAGCCUGAAUACUCAAGAUACGCCAAAGAAACCGUGCAAAAGCUUAGCGGUGCUAUUGUCGAACCCCAAGGAAAGAAAAUCACGUUCGAUUGA